AUGGCCUGUCCGCAUCUCACUGCCGCCUUUUCGGCGUUGACGCCACCUCGUCCUUCGCAGCAUGUUCACAAGGAAGAGUGCACACUCUGCUUUGAUGACCAAGAUGGGCCCAACGGAAUCGAUGUCUGCUUGCUCUGCUUCAACGGCGCAUGUACCGGCAACGGCGAUCGCGAGCAUUCACGUCUGCACUAUGAAAAGACGCAACAUGCCCUUGUCGUAAACAUCCGCCGAACACGUCGUCCGACCCCUCCGGCAUCACAAGCCGAAGCUUCGACAGUGCCCAAGAAGCUGGCGAUCGCUGCCGAAUCCGAUGCCGACAAGUACGACUACCACACGGUCCCGAAAUGCCUUGCUUGCGAUCCCACCGGGCACGGCAAGGAGCUGCCCAUCACGGACAAGCUCGACCAAGUGAUUCGAGGCGUCAUGACUGCCAUGUCUUCGGCUCAGCAGAGCGAAGUCAAAGCCUGGGAGGAAGAGAUUGUUGCUUGCCAGCACACACGAGAGCUCGUACAGCCCGGAGAACAGAUGAAACUCGAGCCUUCAGGGCUUGCUUUGUGCGGCAAGUGCGAGCUCACCUCGAAUCUCUGGCUUUGCCUCACGUGUGGUCACCUCGGCUGUGGUCGAGCUCAGUUUGGUGGCGUGGGCGGCAACAGCCACGGUUUGGCGCAUUUCCAAGAGACUGGCCAUCCAGUCUCGGUAAAACAAGGCACCAUUACCGCCGAAGGUAGCGCAGACAUCUACUGUUACGCGUGCAACGAUGCUCGCAUCGACCCCAACCUUUCACAACACCUCUCCCAUUUCGGCAUCAACGUCAUGGACCUCUCCAAGACUGAAAAGAGUAUGACAGAGUUACAGAUCGAGCAGAACCUCAAGUUCGACUUCAACAUGACCGGAGAUGACGGCAAGGUGCUCGAGCCUGCCUUUGGCCCUGGACUCACCGGCCUGCGCAACCUAGGCAACAGCUGUUACAUGGCAUCGGUUUUGCAGAGUGUGUUUUCCUUGUCCGCAUUCAAGACGAGGUAUGGGGAUGCCUACCGCCCGCAUUCGCUUGCCUGCACCAAUAUGCCAGCCACAUGCUUCGAAUGUCAGAUCACCAAGCUUGCUGAUGGCCUCUUGUCUGGGCGCUACUCGUAUCCUCGCGAGCCAGACCAGAGUGGCAGUGCAUGGAUUCACGCAGCUGGAAGCGCAGAUGAGCAACAGCAGCAGCAGCAAUCGCUGUUCCAGAAAGGCAUUCGACCAAGCAUGUUCAAAGCCUUGGUCGGCAAGGGACACGAAGAAUUCUCGACCAUGCGACAGCAAGACGCUGACGAGUUCCUCAAGUACCUUGUUGGAGUCGUGCAGAAGGAGAACCGCAAGCUGGCAUCGUCCGGCUCGUCUUUGCACACGGACGACCCAACGACGGUGUUUGGGUUUGGGUUGGAGCAGAGGCUCGAGUGCAACACGUGUCACAAAGUGAGGUAUAGCGUGGAGCGCCAAGAUGCUGGACUCAGUCUGCCGGUGCCGAUCCGACGGAAAGCAGCUGAGCAGCAUGUGUCGGCUGGCAAGCGGCCUGUUGAGGGACUAGGCGCCGCCGAAUCUACUGUCUCGAACUCAGAAUCUGCUUCUGCAUCCGCGGUUUGCAACGACGCAGAGGAGUACGAGCCGGUGAGCUUGGUCGAGUGUCUCGACCUAUUCACGGCACCGGAAGAGCUGGAAUACAACUGUCCGUCGUGUUGCACCAAAGUGACGGCGACCAAGCGGACGCUGUUCUCGACAUUCCCUGAUGUGCUCGCGCUGCAAGUACAACGAUUCCAGCUGCUCAACUGGGUACCUCAGAAAGUGGCGGUUCGCAUCGUCGUGCCGAUCGACACGCCUCUCGAUCUCGAUCGGUACCUUGGCCGUGGUAAACAGCCACAUGAAGAGGAAUUGGGUGAGGACCAAAGUGACUCUUCGAGUGCAAAUGGUGGAGAGCCAGAGUGGGAUGUGGGUGUGUUGUCGCAGUUGACGAGCAUGGGGUUCGCCGAGAUCAGGUGCAAGAAGGCAGUGCUAGCUACGCGGAUGGGCGAUGCGGAGAGUGCGAUGAACUGGCUGUUUGCGCAUAUGGACGAUGCUGACAUUGACGAUCCAAUCGACUUUGGCGCCGAGUCGAAGCGUGAUGCGGGAGUUGUAGGGGCCGACACGUCGAUGCUCGAAGAAAUGGGGUUCAGCGCGGCGCAGGCACGAAAAGCCCUGCGGUUGAAUUCGAACAAUGCCGAACUAGCCGUUGCGUGGCUGUUUGAAAACGCACAUGAUGCAGGCCAAGACGAGCAUGAUGUACCAGAGGCUCGUGCAGCCGUCGAGGGCUCGACGAACUCAAGCGUGAUUCCAGGCAAUUCCCAACUACCCGCCACGUACACCUGCACCAGCUUUAUCAGCCACAAAGGCCCCAGUGUUCACAGUGGACACUACGUCGCCCAUGUCAAACAGCGCGAUCACACCUGGGUCCUGUUCAACGACGAAAAGGUGGUCAAGGCUCCACUCACUUGCACUGUCAAGCAACGCGACAAUGUCGGUGUCGACGCCUUGAGUUCGCACGCCUACUUGUACUUUUUCCAGCGGUGUUAG